AAGAGUCACUAGAUCUUAGGUGUUAGGAAAAGUCUCCUCUCAGUCGAAUGUCCAAAGGACCCAACUCUGAAAACCCCUCAAGGCCAUGGGAGCCUUUAAUAAGUCUUAAGCCACGAUCAUGAACACCAGAUCUAAUACAGGAUGAGAAAGAAAUCCAAAACAGCUUCAUUUCCAAGUGGCUGGGACCAUGCAAAGACUUCACCCGCAUUCACCUUUUCAAAACCAUUAUUAUGUUAAAUCUCAGCACCACAGUGAGUAAUUAUUUGUUCCACAGUUACCGUUUGUUAUUAAGUAGCUAAAGCAUGCCGGUGACAGUUUCCCAUUGGAAGACAGCACUUUGGAUUUGGAAAGUAGUUUUCCAUUUAAUUCAGGAAAACUUCAUCUAGAGGCUGACAGAUGAUACAUACUUUAAUGUCAAGAAACCUAUGCACUUGAGGCAGACCUUAGGAGGAUUCCAAACCCAAAUUUUGUGUCCCGCCAGGAGGACCAAGCCGGACUGCGGCACAUUAUCUUCCUUGUCCACCAAGCAAGGCCUGGGAAGAGCAAGCUCGGCAGUGCACAGGCUAAUUUUUGCAAAUCAAAUUUUGUGUAUUUUUAAAGUGAUAGGUAUGAGGUUUUAAAGACCAGUUGGAAAUGGAUAAGAGGUACUGGAAGGGUUUGGGGAUGAUCUUUGAUUUAGGUCACAAGAGUAUUUGCACCACUAGGGGAUAUUGGAAAAUCAAGUGAGAGGAGUCACACAAAUUAAAAUGUCAGUGGAAGAUGUGUCUGCUGUUUGCUGAGAAGGCCAGGAACAAUCUUCCACCUGCUGGGCACAAGCUUCCAAUUCCCAGUAUGUAGUAAAUUAGAACAGAAAAUGGAAGCCCAGUAUUAGGAAACUUUUAUUAAAAUAGCAUUUCAUUCAAAUGCUGGCAUGAGCAACAUGAACAACUAAAAUAAGACACUUUCACAAGAGCCUACCUCAGGGCUCUGGAGAAGAUGGAGGCCAUAUAUGUAACAUACUGGUGUAGAUUUUUGCUGUUGACUUUCAGUAUGCAUUCUGUGGUGUUUUCAGUAAGAGAUAUCCUCCAUAGGCCUUGGUAUUUGGAUAUUUGGUCCCUUGUUAGUAAUACUGUUUAAGAAGGUGUAAGAGGUGUGGCCUUGCUGGAGGACAUAUGUAAUUAGGUUACGCUUUGAGGGCUUAAAGCAUCAUCUACUUCCGAUUUCAUCUUUCUUUGCUUCACGUCUUCAGGUGAGCAUGUCAAGCCUCUGUUGCUGUGCUUGUCACCCGCUACGAUGGACUCUUGCCCCACUGGGACCCUGGAACCCAUGCAAACAACUGGUGCCAUUUCUGGUUAAUAACCAGGAGCAAAUAACCCUUCCUGGUGGAAGCAAGAAUAAAUGUGGAAUGUACUUUCAAUGGCAGCACCAAGAGGAGCCAUCACAGAAGUAUGAAGAGGGGCGGUGCGGCCACAGCUGCCGCCGCCACCGAGCUGCUGGGUUGUGAGGAGCGGGGGGCCACAGGACCUGCGUCUGGAGGAGCCUCAGGGGUGCAGCCCAGAGUGCGGGUGCUGAGUCGCAGGGAGCAGCUGGCUGGGUGUUAGGAGUGGAUAAAUGAUGUGCACUGCCCUGAGCCCCAAGGUCCGCAGCGGACCUGGCCUGUCUGAUAUGCAUCAGUACAGCCAGUGGCUGGCCAGCAGACACGAAGCUAAUUUGCUGCCGAUGAAAGAAGACUUGGCCUUGUGGUUAACCAAUCUAUUAGGGAAAGAGAUAACAGCAGAAACCUUCAUGGAGAAGUUGGAUAAUGGCGCCUUGCUCUGUCAGCUUGCAGCAACGGUGCAGGAGAAAUUCAAAGAGAGCAUGGAUACCAACAAGCCUGCCAAGACCCUACCACUGAAGAAGAUUCCUUGCAAAGCAAGUGCACCCUCGGGCUCCUUUUUUGCCCGAGACAACACAGCCAAUUUCCUCUCCUGGUGCCGAGAUUUGGGAGUUGACGAAACGUGUCUUUUUGAAUCUGAAGGCCUGGUUCUGCAUAAGCAGCCCCGAGAAGUGUGUCUCUGUUUGCUAGAGCUUGGUCGGAUUGCAGCCAGGUAUGGUGUGGAGCCUCCUGGUCUGAUAAAGCUGGAAAAAGAAAUUGAACAAGAAGAGACACUUUCUGCCCCAUCUCCUUCGCCUUCUCCUUCAUCAAAGUCUUCAGGGAAGAAGAGUACUGGAAACCUACUGGAUGAUGCAGUAAAAAGAAUCUCUGAAGAUCCUCCCUGCAAAUGCCCAACCAAGUUCUGCGUGGAGCGACUCUCUCAAGGUCGAUACCGAGUGGGAGAGAAGAUCCUCUUCAUCAGGAUGCUGCACAACAAGCAUGUGAUGGUCCGUGUGGGAGGAGGCUGGGAGACCUUUGCAGGCUACCUGCUGAAGCAUGACCCCUGCCGCAUGCUGCAGAUCUCCCGUGUGGACGGCAAGACAUCCCCUGUCCAGAGCAAAUCCCCAACCCUGAAGGACAUGAACCCAGAUAAUUACCUGGUGGUCUCUGCCACCUACAAGGCUAAGAAGGAGAUUAAAUGAAACUCAUCUCUGAAAGAGGACUCAUGCAAUGGCCUGUGUCCAUUCCACAGUGUAGUCAGUGUAGUUCCCAUGCUCUGAAAAACCACACAUCAUCAGGUAGGAAAAUACUCAAAAGGUAGCACUAUUUAUUUUUAAUGCAUCUGUAGAACUUUGCCUAUGGAGAAAAAUUCUAAACUCAAUGAAAUCAGACAAAUUGUAUGCAAAUCACUAUUUCUUGAUAUGUGAACAAAUCAUGUUUAGAACAAACCUUAUUAGGAACUAAGUACUAGGUACUGCCAUUGAAGGUGAUCAUGACUAGGAGACUAUAUUUACAUAUAUGGGUAGAUCAACAGAAAGUGCCUGCUAUAUGUCUGUGAGCUAAAGCACCCCAGAAACUUUUAUAAUGGCAGGAUUUUAUAGCUAUUUUUUACAAAAUGACAAUGUGAAAAUGUGCUACUAAAAUUGUCUGACAGCACUAUACAUAGUACAGAAUUUCCUCAGCCAUAAUACUUAACUGGAAAGGCCACUUCAGAGAUGUUUACAUUGACUUGGAAGAUUGCCUUAAAAUUCAUCUCUGAUCUCUGACCAAACCAACCUCUGGGGUACUUUUGGAUGUUGCCUGUGCAGCCCCUUAGGAGUAGCCAGUACCUUUCAUACACAGAGAGGCUGUGUUUAGGAUGAUCACUUAGUGAAACGCACAUGCCUAAGCUAGCACACAUCCACAUUCCGAUGUGUGGACUACACAGUCAAAAGUUCAUCCACCUUGUGACUUUGUUUAUUUCAAGCAUUUUCUUACUAAGAAUAUAUAUCUUUAGUUAGUCUUAUUCUGCUAUGCCGUCUCAUGAAGUAAAUUCAUGUAGUGAAUGAUGUUACAGACUUGUAUACCCAGGACAGGGCUGUAUUGUAUCAAUGAACAGCAAGAUAUUGUCCACACUGAUUUAAAAAUUAAAAACAAAAGGUUAAAAAAAAACCCACACAUUAUCUGUCUCUGUAUCAGCGCUUCACUCCUAAAUAAAGUUAAUCUUCAAAACUACCAAUUCCCCAGCAAAUGUGAGGAGUGUCAAGUUACGGCUGUGUAGAGAAUCUGCACAUGGGAAGGGGAAUCAGGUGGUGUUUGUUCACAGUAGCAAAUAAUGUUGACUUGAAAUUCUUUGAAAUGGUGGAGUUGACUUACUUCACUAUUUUCAAACAAGAAAAUCCAUCUUCCUUGCUGCCAAACCUCAGAGAAAGCAUCUGUAUGUCAUAUGACCAACGUAGUCGACUAUCCAACCCAUCUAUGCAUGACGAGCUCUUUAGCAGGUAUGGUGUAUGCUAGUGGUAGUGGGAAGCUGCCAUGAGUUUACAAAAGCAUUUCAGUGAGAAACGAAAAAUGAAGAAAGCCUCCAGCUCUUGUGCCAAGUAAGAUGAUCUUGACAUAACAGAUAACAUUACUGUCUUUUGAAACAUACAUUUUAGUCACUCAAUAUUAUCAAUUAAAAUCAACACUAAAUUUUGCAUUGUUAUUGACACUCUCUACAACUUUCUCCUGCGUUUAAAUUUUCCUUUCACUAAUGAAAAUUUAGUUAUAAAUAAGUGUGGCUUAGGAAAAAGAAUAAUAUGAAUCUCAGAGUAUGAGUUAUUGUUUGGUAAUCCCUAUGGUCAGUUCAGUAUGGUUUUGCUGAGAUAAAGCCAAAGUGCCCUUAAAGCUGUAUUUCUUUCUGCAGACUUCAGGAAAGAAUCCAUUUCUUGCCCUUUUUGACCUUCCAGAGGCAAGCUACAAUCCUUGGCUCAUGGUAGCAACACGGCAUGACAUUACUUAGACCUAUCUCUUUACAUCUAAAAGUCUUCAGCUCCUAAGACUCUCUGUGAUUAGAUCAGUUCUGCCUAGGGUUAACCUUUUAAAAUGCCUUAUUAAGGCAAAAUGACUCAGAGUGAUAAGGUUAGGAAAUGACCAUACUCGGGGGACCUGGAGGAUUAUUAGAUGUAUAUGAUACCCACUGAGGUCUUUCAAGUGUGUCUAAGACUGUGUUCAAAACUGACAUUGAGGACUUGCUGAUAGCUGAUCCAUACCAAUAGGGAUAUAGAAAACUAGGACUGCACCCCAAAGGACAUGAUCAAAUAUAGAUGUCUCUUACUGAACUGUGAAGACUUAGGAGGUCUGCACCAGUUUCUUAGCUAGGGUAACAUACAAGAAAAGAUGAUAGGGAAGAGAUAAGGAUUAAAGAUCUGACUAUUCCUGUAACCCUAUGGAGAGCAGCGUCCAAAUAAACAAACAGAGACAAGGCCAAUGCCAGGGGGCAGCACAGCCUCUAAGAGACAUGCUGAAGUAUGGAGGGCAGCAGACCUGUACAGUACCUGCACCCGAGUUACUAGAAAAAAUUCACAUGUUCAUUUUCACCAUCAAUAAAUUUGCAGUGGUAAUUCUUUGAUAUCUUCAUUGAGUAUUGCUUUGUGGUCAGCCAAAACAACAGGCACAGGAUAAAUAUGCAGAAACUUCUACCCACCUAUAUAGCUCAAAGGUAGGAAUAUUAUAAGAAAAAUUCCCCAGGUUGCAGUGCUCGCUUGAUAAGUCGCUGGACAAUUUAUCACUAAGAAGAAAAUUUCCCUUUCUUCCAUUAAAAUACUACAUAAGUCAAAGGCAGUAUCAUGAACGCAGCCAGUGCUCUUCAGGAUCUAAUGUAAGUGGCACACACAGGAUAAAGCCUUCAUGUCUGUUUAGUUUUUAGCCUGUGAUAGUCACGUUCUGAUGCAAUGUCUGCAUAAACCAGAAAAGGAAGAAUGGGACAAUAAAAAGCCACAUUGGAGAACUUAGACUUUGGGUUGUGACAACAAAUAAAAAACGACUUCAAAGGCCUGCUGUACAUACCAGUGGCUUUUAUAGGUAGGUUUGUGUUAAUGGUGCUGUCUUUUAUGUUUGAUGAUUGGUUUUAGAAAAUUAAUAUAUAGGGGGUUAUUACCAUAUCUGAGUUAAGUUACACUGUGUGUGUGUGUGUGUGUGUGUGUGUGUGUGUGUGUGUGUGUGUGGAGAGAAAGAGAGAGAGAGAGAGAGAGAGAGAGAGAGAGAGAGAGAGAGAGUAAUGUAUGAGGAAAUUUGAGGUUUUUACUUAGAUAAUUAGAAAAGAAACUUGCAACUGGUAACUGCUUAAUAUUCUGAGAAUAGCAGACCAUAAAAUACUUAGCUCUAAAUAGGACUCCCCCUCCCACUCAUGGAUCACCAUGAAAAAGGGGCAGAACAAUUGUAAGAGAAAGGGGUGGUGUUGAAGACAAGGAAACUAUUUUCUGGACAGAGCAGGGAAAUUGCAUAUAAGAAGUUACAGCUUCUAUGACACUAUCCAUGAGACCUGUGCAAGCUCAAGUGAGACAAAAUCCAAGCAAGUUGUGAGAUGUGAACACAAAGUCCCACCCCUAAACAGAUGUUGGGAGAAGAAGAGUCAGUUUUAAGAGUGACUUUUGGUAGGUCACUGAGCCUCCAGGGCAGCCCCCACAACCAAGAGUACCUGGGUAGCACGAUUGGACUCCAUGGUUAACUUAAAAAAGGAAAAAAUGAGGACAUGAAGUUGAGUGGAUAGGAGCUGGAAGUGGAUCUGGGGGAGAUGUAUAUAAUAAAAAUACAUUGUGAAAUUCCCGAAGAAUUAAUAAAAAUAUUAUUUAAAAAGAAGCAUAUCCCUUUUCUCUCAAAACAGGAGGGAAGCACAUGCACCUAAUUCUUGCCAAUACGUUAAAUUAUAUACUUUAUUCAAAAUUGACAAGGUAGAUUUUCAUCUUCCAAGGACACAGUAUAAUUCUUAACAGUGAAAAUAAGCGAAAUUUCUGGGUAAACAUAAAUUCAAAUUUUAUGUCAAAUUUUCAUGGUUCUAGGGACGAUGUGCAGAGCCUCUUUACAGCUCUUUCCUUUUUCAUCUAAAAGCAAGAGUAAUAACACCAUAAUAACAUUUCUUCUUUACAGGAUGAGCAACAUGGCUCCCCCAGGCAGUCAUUCGUUAGCUUUCCAUUAUUAACCCGAGAAUGGGUGUGUCCCUAACUAUGAAGACAGCUCACAAUUUCUUUAAGAUGGAGUAGAAACAUUUUACUUAAAGACAUGGCC